AUGGCACCCCCAAAGCAUGUCGCGGAGGUACCGCGAAAUGUCCUUCCCCGUUUGACAUGGAACAGCUCCACCUCGCGCCCUCCCAUCUCCUGUAAGCCCGCCUUCGCGACAAGGCAAAGGCAGCAACACACUCAAGCCUGGAGUCCGCUUCAGCGCAAAUCAAUCUCACCGGGCACACAGCUACAGUCCAUGCGAGGCUAUUCAACACCAUUCCGAAGCCCUCAUUUUGAAGGUCUCAUUGCCCGACGCUCUCCGGCCUCUUUAACGACCUCACCCGGGCCCCUCGGUAAUCCUAUUCGACACAAUGGCGUCUAUGUCGCAACAUUCAAGCCUGCGCAGCGGGCUUUCCACGCCACUCCUGCCCGGCCCCGUGACCACCAUUUUGACACGUUGAAGUUCGUGAAGCGGCUCCAGGCCGAAGGAUUCAGCGAGGAACAAGCCGUGGCUAUGAUGCGAGUGUUGAAUGAUAUCAUUCAAGAGUCUAUCCAAAACCUGACGAGGACUAUGGUUCUCCGAGAAGAUUCCGAGAGAUCUACAUACACCCAAAAAGUUGAUUUUGCGAAACUCCGAUCCGAACUAUUGAACACUGAUUCCACCGAAGCUCAGCUCACUCGUUCGUCUCAUGAGAAGAUUGCCGCGGAUCUUGCCAAGCUUAAUUCUCGCAUGCGCGAUGAGGUUGGGCGAACACAAGCCUCAGUGCGUCUAGACCUGAACCUCGAGAAGGGUCGUAUCCGCGAAGAAGCCAACGGCCAAGAAAUGCGGAUUAAAGAGACUGAAACACGUAUUGAGCAAGAAGUUGCCGGUUUGAGGGAACGAGUCGAGGCUGUGAAGUUCUCAACUCUCCAGUGGCUCAUGGGUGUCUGCACUGGUACCGCUGCUCUGAUUCUUGGUGCUUGGCGCUUGUUUAUGUGA